AUGCUCUUCCGCACCGUUACUCUUGCCCUCCUCGCCUCGCUGGUGGCCGCCGCCCCGACUCCUGAAGCCGCUCCCGCCCCGGACGCCGCCCCAGCCCCGGAGACUCCCCCGACCAGCGUCUUCGAACGUUCGGAACUCGUAGAGUCUGAGGGCCGCCCCGUUGGCCAGAUCCGGCGCUCAGUGAGCCACGACGGCGAUGCCCAGCACCUCCAGGCCCGCGCGGAGAAAGAUCUCGUGAACAAGCCCGUCCCUGGCGGCGUCACGAUCCGCUGCUUCAGAGGGACAGAUUGCAAAGACGAAUAUGACCUACGGAGUCCACUUCUAUGCGCCCGAAACGAACGCUCAAGCUGCAGCUUCGACACGUGGGGCGGUUUCGAGGGCACCUUUGGAAUCACCAUCCCCAAGGGUGAGAAGUAUGACGGGUGGGACGGUGACAACUGGACGCCUUAUUGGGAUGAGAUCAGCCCCGUCAUCAAAUCAGCUGGCCGGGGAAGCCAGUGUGUCAACCAGAGCGGCAGGACCAAGGGCAACUCGGGCAACGUGAUCCAGAAGCAGGGCCGCGUUAUCUACACCAGUUCAGACCGGCGUUAG